GGGCCAACUUUAGAGCUUCUGAGAAAAGAUCGAGCCAUGCAUGAGAGAGAGUGCCCAUACAGGCCUGUGGCAUGUCCCAAUGGGUGUGAAGCCCAUCUACUCGAGAACAAUUUACAGUCUCAUUUGAAGAUAUGCAGCAACGCCCUUGUCAGGUGUGAUCUGGAAUGUGGGGUCAGUAUCAAACGGCACGAACACGCCAAACACCAGGCCAACCACUGCCCCAACUUUGUGACGGAGUGCUGUGUAGAUGACUGUCGCACUAAGGUGUUAAGGUGGCGGUUACAAGACCACAUGAACAAGCACGUGUCUGAACUUCAUCACUCAGCCAAUGAAAAUGCAGCGAAUUUACGACGCGCAAUGACGUCGGUGGCACAGCGCUUCGGCAAAGUCAACCACAGCACCAAUGAGAUGCGAUUGCAGCACGACUUGUCAGAUAUUGCACUGAAUGAGUUCUGGGAGCGCCGGUCAACGAUACAAGGAUUCUCCACGCCCAUGUCGCCGUUCGUGGCUACCGUGUACUUAUUAAGCACGUGGUACUUAGAUAUCGUCUCAUACCAAACUGGAUUCCUGAUUGUGGCAAUGAUUGUGAUAUUUGAGCUGAAAAUGCGCGACACCUGGAAGACGCUGGUAGCGGCAUCAACCGCCAAAUCGAUACCAAUGCAAAUACAAUCCUUCCGAGAACAUGUGGAGAAGGGUGAACGAUACACGUCUGCGCUCUUUAUUGCCGAUGGAUAUCAGUGCCAAUUAGAAGUGGUGGCGGUUGUCGCGGCGAAAGGCAAAGGGACUGACAGGAGGCUUGUGGUCAGAUUAAACGUUUUCAGUGCGGACAUUGACGAUUGGCUGGUUUGGCCGCCAAAAUUCUCGGCGUCCUUGUCGGUUUUAGGGGCCAAUGGAGCCAAAUCCCGAUUCCCGCUGGUGAUGGCAAGCGGCCCGAAUAAUUGGCAACCCACACCAAAAAGUGUGCCCAGGGGUUCAUUUAGGACGACCUUAGGUACCGCACAAACUCUGAUGAAGAAAGGGUUAGUGGUCAAGGACACCUUAUUGGGAGUGUGUCACAUAGCGUCGCAUACGUAA